CAAAUCAGUUUAAAACUUCGCUGAGCACAAAAACACCAAAUAAUGCGAUUCUUAAUUGUCGUUGCUCUUGUGGCCUUUUUGGCUGUUAACCUUGUGGCUGCUCGACCAGCUGAGGAUGAGGAGUCCUCCGUCCAGAACAACACUAGUGAGGAUUCGAACUCCGAUGCUGCCGAGGAAGAACCUGCUGUUGAAGAAAGUCACGAUUCUGGAAAUGAGGAUAACCAGGAUGAAGAAAAUAGCGAGGACAAUCAGGAGGAGUCAGAUAAUGAAUCAAACGGAGAUGAUGAGGAAGAAACCAACGGGUCUGAUGAUAAUACCGAAUCGGAUAAUAAUAACGAUUCAGAAGGCGAUCAGGAGCAGGAUGCUCCACCCAAGAAGCAGAUUCGAACAUUCGGACCUCUCCUCAUCCAAGCAAGGCCCCUUUUCCUCGAUUAAUAACACGUGUUUUUAAAAUAUCCAUAAACAAAAUGCUUUAAAAUUAUACUACAAUUAAAACAAUAAAUAAAUUAAAUAUA